CUCAUAAUAGUACAUUUUACUGUUAUAAUUGGUAUACAAAAAAUUCGUUAUGUAAUUUUUCAAAUAUCGAACCGGGGAAAGAUCAAAUUAUAACAUUUUACUAUUCCCUCUCUUAGAAUCCUAUUCUCUCUAUUCUCUUUUUGCAUUAUAGGUUUCGUAAAGAUGUUGAAAGUGUAUAUUGACGAUGGAUGCUACUGAAUGCAGUUUUGUUUGUUUUAAUGAGACGAAUAGGAAUACACACGAACUAGUGAAAGGUAGUCGAAAGUAAGCAGUGGAAUCGAAUAACUAAGGCAAGACUAUUUAUUGCCUACUCAGUGAUAAACUGUAGAAAAAGAAUAUUUUCAUACGAAUAAUGUAGUGAGUUCGGUGCAACGAGAGAAUGGUAAACUUUCCGUUUCUUCUGUGUGUUUUUAACGCUUGGUCAAGAACUCGGCUAUUAAUUGCAAUCAUAACUGGUAGAAGAAGAAAGGAAAACUGCAGAAUCAUGAGGAAUUUGCUGGUUCCAUCAAUGUCACUUUCUCGACCUUUCAUUCGAUAAUUUUUCCUCCCUCCACGGCAUUUCGCGCGCGAAUCGCCAACAAAAUUAAAUAUAGUUACAUAUGAGACAUUUCUACCUCUGACGGUAGUCUUGUAAAGCAGUCGCAUACCAUCAUCUGCAUAACGAUAUUUCCAGUGACUAUACGAACGGAAUAUCGAUGUCGACCAGUGUGUGUAUUCGAUGCUGGUCAAGAGAUCUUUAAAGGUGACCGUAGCUCUCUUCGAACUCCUUUGAUGCGUGGGGAUAACUGGAGCUACCAGUUAAGUCAAGUGUAUCGCGUCGGGGCGAAGUAGUACACUAUUUCUUUCCGGAGUGCGUGCAUCGGAUCGAGGUUCCAGAGGAUUGGCAGCCGUAUAAGAGAAUAGAGAAGAACAUCCUGGAAGUCUAGGGAGGGCAGUACGCGCAGGAACUACUGUUCAACGACUCGCUAAUCGACACACAAAAGACAUGAAUCUCCUUCAUUUCGUGGCUGCGGUUAUAUGGAUAACAACCGUGACAGCGACAUUGGAAUCCGAUUCCCAUGGAAACUGGAGCAACGAAAAGAAACUUUUUGAACGUGCCUAUGAUCAAGAUCUACUCAAUAGCCAGAAACAAGAAGAAACUGAAAAUAUCGAACAACAAUUUACAAAUCAACAUGAGAGAAUCUUCAAUUCCUCUGAAAUUGCCAAAGCUAUUAAAGAAGAGGAAGAAACGUUGACUGUGAAAUUUCUUAAUGAGAAAGAGGAAAUUCAUCAAGUGAAUGAAUCCCAACAGCAAUUUUCUAAACAAUUAGUUCAACCAUAUGUCCUACCUUUGAAAGCAAAAAGCUCUUCAGAAGACAUAUUAAACAAAUCGCUCGAUACCAUUACGAGAUUAGGAAGGACCAGUCAAAGUGCAUUUAACGAGACAGUCACAGUGGAGUACAUUCCAUCUCAAGAAAUAGUUCUACAAGAUUCGAGCACAACUAGCAAAUAUUUCUCUCAAGAAAGUAACACCAGUGACAUAGAUCAAUCUAUUCCAGAAGAAAAUCUAGAUAUUGAAAGUAUAGGCGAAUUUGGACAACGAGUACGCAGCUCAUCUUCAUCCAGACCAAGAAGUAACGAGAGUCACAGACGAUUCAGAAUAAAACAACCUCUCGAUGCUUCAUCGUUCUCCGAGGAUCAAAGAAAACAGUAUAGAAAGAGUGCUCGUCCUUACGUAUUCAAAAAAUUGAAUACUUCAAACAGUAAUCUAAACACGUCCUCGAAGGAACGACUUCCUUCCUCUCCGAUGAAGAGCACAGAGUCUCAGAGAACCUUGAAGCAGAAGGAAACUGAUGGAGAUCGUGCUAACAGUUCAUCCAUAAUUAAGGAUGCUUCUUCAUCGACUUCUGCUCCCAUAAUAUCAGUUUCUUUAGGCAAAUUUUCUGGACCAAUAGUGGUUCCAGAUUUUCCACGACAAAAGAAAUACUCCUACACUACCACACCUGAUUAUACUGAUAAAAACGAGGUUUCGAAGCUAACCACAGCUGUAACGGAAUCAGUAAAAUCAAAAGUUUCAGAAGAUGGAUAUUUGGCGGCACCACCUGUUAUCCUAAAUCCUCUGCAGGUUGGUGUCGCCUUGAUGAACGCUGGGCAAGAUCUAAAUUUAGUCAAUGACCAAAUCACAUUGACAAAACUAUAUCCCCAGGACAAAUCUGAAACACCAGAAGUUACCAAGAUUGAUACUCAGAGUUUGGUUCAAAAUGACGCCCCAGUUUCUAGAAACUUGAGCUUCGACAGUGAUCAGGUAUCGCAACAAGAGCAAAUUUCUGAGGUGAUAGCCACAAACUCGCCAGUUCAGUCAGUUGAGAUCCAAAAAUCCGUGGAAAUAUUUCAUACAGCCCCCAUUCAGGAGAUCCACUACCCUGUGGAGUUCAUUCCUAGCGCCCAGCAGCUGCCAUUAUUAAAGCAGCAUGCACAGGAAGACUAUAGAAAGCCAGGAAGGAGUCAAUCAAAGGAUCAGAGACAAAGUCAGAUUAAUAUAUACAGGAGCAACGAGAUCUUGGACGAAAGUAUUAACAACCAAGAACAUAGUCGUUAUGAGUAUAAUGUGAAUGAGAAUGACGUUAUUUAUUCAGCAGGAAGUGGGCAAGUCGACCAAACCGUGGCUUUGCCUCGUCCAGUAGAUGUCAAACCCAUUUUCGGGGUUACGGGGCAAGUAGAGGGCGCUCAAUAUGAUCAAGUAACACACUCUAGAGUGCAAGGAAUUCCUGAAGCAAAAAUUAAAUUGAGUAACUACGAGCUGCCAAAGGGACCAGCCCCUGCUGUUGUACAACCAUCAAGGGGAAUAGAGAGUCUUUCGGGUUUGACUAAUUUAGAGAACCUGCAAGUGACUCAAGAAGCGCCUCAGAUUCUGCUGACCAAAGUUACCAGCGAACCACCGACUGAAUUGAGGCUCCUGAUGUCGAUGUCACAGCCGUAUUCCGUGGAGAAAAAUAUCCAUAUGCCCCAGACGGUGGACGUGAUUGAAAAAAAGGUGCCAUACCCAGUGGAGAAAGUGAUAGAGAAGCAGAUAACGAUUCCCCAACCGUUCCCUGUACACAUACCGAUAGACAGGGUAGUAGAGAAGCAGAUACGAAUCCCAUAUCCUGUCCACGUGGAGAAGGUGAUUGAGAAGAAAGUACCAUUCGCCAUCCAGAGGUUUAUCAUACCUUUACCAAUUCACUUUAGGGUUUCUCAACCGGUUCCAAUUCCGGUGGAGAAGGUGGUAGAGAAACCUGUACCGGUACCAGUGCCUGUGGAGAAGGUCGUUGAGAAGCCAGUGCUCCUACCUAGACCGUACUCGAUAGAAAUCGAGAAAGGUAGACCAUAUCCCUUGGAGAAUAGUAAACAUAUAAAAUCAGCCCCAAUCUAUAAUAUUCAGCCUGAUGGUAAUUAUCAGCAAUCGGUAAGGCAGAAUUUCCAGACUCCAGUGGAGCCAAUUUAUGGAACUGAUAAUGAGCAAAGUUACUAUAAUUCGACAAAUCAGUUUUAUGGACAAGGGUAUUUGGCCUUGAAUCGCCCUCAUGCUAGGCAACCAUUGAUACACUCAUUGCCGAAGAAAUUUGCGUCAUACAGCGUUCAACAUCCUCAUUCGGUGACUUAUUCAGUAACUAAUGGUAAUUUGGUGGCCUAUGGAAGGACGUCGGAGAAAGACAAGGUUAAGGACGAGUACGUAGGUCCAGUACCAAGGAAAACUGCCACUACAAUACAAUCCAAGUCUCUGUACUCAGCACCGGAUGUUCAGACAACGUUGAGAAGAACGAGGCAGGAAAUUGGUAACACUGGAAACUUCAGGCAGUCCAAGAUGGAAUACGGGUUCAAGCCACCCAUGGUACCUUCGGUCCAAUAUGAUGAACAGACUGCAACGAAGGUGGAAUAAUUUGCGCAAAUCAUUAUUUUAUAUUUUUGUUAAUGAAAUUUUGAACAUAGGUUUUGGAAUUUUGGAAUAACCUUAAAUUCGUGAUAAUUGCUUAAUGGAAUUCUUGGUAAUUGAAACAUUCCAUUUAUUACCGCAGAUCAUAAAAUUUCUAUAUUUUGAAAUAACCUCAAAUUUCUUUAUGAUUAUUUACUGUGAUUUGUAAUAAUUAAACCACUUAAUUUCAUUUCCUAAUUACUUUUUUGUUUGGAAUUAAAAUUUUACUUCCUGAAGGAAAAAGGAAUGCAGGACAUGAUGAUCAUAUAAACAGGUCUCGACACUCGCUAGGGAAAACCGUCCAAAGAUUGAGUCGUGACUUGUUGUGGAAAGGCAACAAAAUUCGAGACAGAUAGACGGAGAUGAGUAAACUGUCUCUGUCUCUGUCUGAGACAUUCAUGAUAUGUCACGCAUGGGUAGAAUGAUAACUUUCUUGUCUCUUCAUGUCGAUUUUUUAUAACUAGUCAUGACUCAAUUUUCGGACGAUCUUCAUUAAGCUUUAAUAUAUGAGUAUCGAGAUUUAUUUGUAUGAUAGUGGGGUGCGGAUUUCUACUAAACGCCCUUGCACAAUCCUUUUAGUCACCUCUUACGAUAAGCAGGGGCUACUGUAAGUGAAUUCUUAAAUCCCCACAUACAGGGACAUAUACAGUCGAUAAAGUUACUGGGCAGUGGACGUCAUCCAUCCUUCAGAGUACUGUGGGGAACAUAGAUUAACUUCAACAAAUGCAAAGAAUUUUUGCUUUCCCCUAAAUCGUACCUAUCAUUCACUUACAAAUAUUAAUUUUACGAUUAUAAAUGCAAUGUAAAUAUGAGAAUAUAGAAGAAUGUAUUAUAUUUAUUAUGAAUGCGAAAUCAUUUAAAAAAUAUCUCAUAUAUCGAUUAACAGAACAAAUUUCUUUAAUUGUGAUUUUUUAUUGGAUUAAU